AUGAUUUGUUAUUCACUUUGUAAGACUUCUGAUAGGUUUUAUACAUAUGAAAGAUUUUCUCCUAUCAACUAUUGGAAUUCUUAUAUUAUUCCUUUCGAAGAAUGUUUCGUUCACAAUGCACUUAUAAGAGAAUGGAGAAACCUUUUGUGCAGUACGCCUUUCAGUGUUAACGGUAACAAAAACCCAUCCACGUGCUCUAUACUCCAAAAAUCUCCUAUUCCUGAAAAAAACUCUUUAUUAUUAGAAAAGGAAAUAACUCGAGAGAAAAAAGAUAACUUUUCUUCGGAGACCCCAAUCGGCACCGAAAAUCACACCAUUCAGCUUAACGGAAACAGUUGUACUGCUGAACCGAAAAGUGAUAUCCCGCGCUCUGCGGUUGGGGUUGAAGCUGGCACUAUUACUUUGGAUCGCCCUUCCCCCUCAGGAAUUUCAAAGAGAUCCGUAGUGGCGGAUGCCACUCCAGAAGAGGUCGAUCAAAGUAAUAAGAAGCUUAAAUCCACCGAUGAAGGCCAUGAGGAGGAAGGCGUUUCAGUGCUCCUUAGUAACAAACACAAAAAGUUUAAAGAAAAAAAGAAAAAAUCCAAAAAAUCCAAAAAAGACAAAGAAGCUACGAAAGGACCGCUAACGGAUUUCAGCGGCGAUGUCCUCAGUCCUUCCCGGUCUUCUCUAGAAAUGGGCUCUGCCUCAAAAAAAAAAGGUCACGGCCAUCGCAGCUCCUCCUCGCUUGAUGCAGUGCAGAAGGAAUCGGCUUCGUCACCGUUGCCAGAAAAAAAGUUAAGUGGAGCCCGUAAAGCGUCGUCGGAAGCCAGCAACCAACUGAAGGAGAAGACCACCAAACAGGAGGCGGGCGAUUCCGGUCACGACUCUGACAGCGCAAUGGUCGGCGCUUUGCUCGAUCUCGUCACAUCCAGUAAGAAAACAGCUCUGCCGCCACUGGCCAAUGCGAAUGUGAAUAAGAGCGUUCCAGAGGCCAGAAAGAAGCGCUCCUAUAAGAAAAAGCAAGCAACAGUCGACGGACCGUUACUGGCGCAAAACAUCGCCAGCGACAAUAAGGAAAACAGGAUUUCGUACACUUUACUAAAUAAGCAGCCGACGCAGAUGGAGGAGGCCAUUCAGUCGCUGGUUUCUCUCUCACAGACGACUACUUCCGCUGCUCUCCACGAGGUCACACCUAAGCAAUAAUUUCUGGGAGAAAGGCUUUGACACGUGCCAGUCACCGCCUCGCCGGGCCCGCUUACGAGUAGUACUUUCGCAAGCUCAAUCGAAGAGGAACUUUAUC